CGUGCGAGCACGGGGUGCGCGUAUACCCCGCGUAACAUAGCCUACGGUAUUGCUUUCUGAGCCGCGGAGCGACGAGCAACGAUAAAAAACGACUCCGACGGGAGAAUUAGAAAAAGAAAAGAGAAAAAAACGUCGUUUCCACAUUCUCCUUCUUUUUCUCAUAUCUCUCUCUUUCUCUGUCUUUUUCUCCUUUUCUCCCCUUUGAUUCUCUGUCUCUUUCACCCUACAUGGCCCCGAAAGCACCCGUCGAUCCUUGAUAUCCCUCGUACGCACCCCGAGACGACGACGACUGCCGGCGCGAGCGCGCCUAAUAACGCGUAUGUUGCCGGGAAAUCCACCGGCGCGACGGACAUUCGAUUUUCCGCUCGAUGAGUGAAGCAUCCGGCUGCUGUCGUCGUCGUGGGACGAGAUCGGGAUCGGUGUGUGCGCGACACGAUUCGUCGCGGUUGUGAUUGUUGAUCCGGUGGUGGUGCGGGCAGGAUCUUCUCGCGCGGAUUCCCGGUGAGCAAAAACAUAUCGGGCCAUGGCGGUGCUGCUGGAGGCGAGGUCGUACAGGCCGUUCAGGUCCUCGGACGAAUACUUGUUAGCGAUGAAGGAGGACCUGGCGGAGUGGCUGAACGCGCUCUACCCGGAGCUCCGGAUCAACAUUGACAAUUUUAUGGACAGACUGGACACCGGCGUCGCACUGUGCAAGCACGCGAACAAUGUGCGGAAGGCGGCGGCCGAUUACGUGGCCCGUCGUCAGGCCCGCAAGAUCUCGAUGACACGCUCGAUAACCUCGGCCCUGGCACUUCCGAUGAGCCAGCUAAGCGACGUGGCCUUCCUGCCGAACGCCAAGGCCGGCACCUUCUUCGCCCGCGACAACGUCUCCAACUUCAUCGGCUGGUGCCGCAACAGCCUCGGCAUCAUCGAGUGUCUACUCUUCGAAACCGACGACUUGAUAAUGCGUAAGAACGAGCGGCAUGUGAUACUGUGCCUGCUGGAGGUGGCCCGUCGCGGCGCCAAGUUUGGCAUGCUCGCGCCGAUGCUCGUGCAGAUGGAGAGACAGAUCGACCGCGAGCUCGCCGCCGAGAACAAGGCGAAUGGCGCCAGCAACGAAGACAGCGACGACGAGUACGCCGACGAUAUGCAGGAGGAGGUGCCCUGUCUCAUAUACGGCCCGCAGCCGCAGAUCGUCACGAACGAUCUCAAGAGCCUCGACGAGAUGGUUCGCGAUCUCGUGGAGGGUUGCACGUGCCCCACGCAGUUCCCGAUGAUCCGCGUGUCCGAGGGCAAAUACAGAAUCGGCGACACCAAGGUCUUGAUCUUCGUCCGGAUACUACGCAGUCACGUGAUGGUGCGUGUCGGCGGCGGCUGGGAUACCCUCAGUCAUUAUUUAGACAAACACGAUCCGUGCCGAUGCAGGACCUCGCAUCGCUCGAUGAUCUCAGCGAAGCUCAUUCAAAAGGCCGGCGCGUCCUUCGAUCUGGGCAGCGCGCAGGUGCAUUAUGAACGAUCACCUCCGAGAACGCGACGGAGUUCCGCAUCGAGCAUCGGUUCGUGCGCCGGCACGAUGCAGGGUCCGCAAUCGGCGCAGCUGCACGCACCCAGGAGCAUUUCUAGCAAUCGCUCGCGAUCGCCCACACCUCACCAUACUGGCAGCAAACAGCAGCCGCAGCAGUCGAGCGACGAGCAGAGAAAGAUAAAUCGCUCGAGGAGUCCCACGCCACAAAGGAAAUUCCUGGCGAGUCCGAAUCACCAGGCCGAUUUGGGGAAGCAGAGAUCAAGGUCGCCGACGCCCAGGGCGAAUCUGAGAUCGAGAAGCCCGACGUCGCGAGCGGAGCCGAAGAGCGGCAGCGCCGUUUCGCCGACCAGUCAUGGGAAAUCUCAGGAGAACGGCCGAGACGCCAACAAGAGGCAAGAGCAGCAACAGCAGCAAGCGAAACUGUCGGAAGACUUCAUGAAGCGUUACGUGGUGGAAGGCGGCGUGGCGCGUAGGGCCGUCGAGAAGGAGAGCAUGCCGAAGUACGAGCCGUCGAUUUACAACUACAAAUGUGGCGAGGAUUCGAGCAGCAGUCGCAGCCCGACGCCGAGUCCGCCCGCGAACAAGCAAGAGUCCGCCGAGACUUUCGGCAACGAGGGUCGCCACUGCCAGAAGUCGCCCCACGGCGACAGCGAACAUUCGGACAACGGCAGCGAAGUGUCCGACGAGGGUUACCGCAGUCUCGGUGCCGUCCAGUCGUCCAUGGCUAAUGGGAACUCCGCCAGCGCGCAGGGCUCGCCCACGGUUGCCGAUUGUCAAAAGCAACCUCCGAAAGCGGAUUCCGAGGAGAGAUCCUGCGUAGACACCGACAGUAUCGAGACUGGACUGCGCAAGACUCGGCUUCGAUCUUCGAGUCCCGUACGGAGCUACCCGCUGCCGAGAAACGAGACGUUCUUGUCGGGAGACAAGACACCCCGCGCCGGUUCCAUCAGCAACCUGUCGAAAACGUCGUCCGGCAGCAGGACGCCCAGAGACAGCAACUCCAGUCCCGAGGGUAGUCCAUUAAACCGAGCGGGGUACAGUCUCGCUUCUCGUAACUGCAGCAGCCUACGGAAACCACUUACUGCGACGGGGAGUGUUGGUAAGGCAUCUUCGCCGAUACCCAAAUCUUGCAAGUCUCCCCUCAGCGGCAGCAACACGUGGAACGGCCGUCAAACCAAGAAGAGGCCUAGUAUCCAAUCCGACACCUUCAUGAGCCCUCAAGCCACGUCAACAACAGCUUGCGCCACGACACCAAGUUUCUCCAGGAAGAGCCCAGCCAGACAAAGCUUACCCAGGCCAAGCUCGAACGGUGGGAUUCAAUACGACAGGAACGGCCGGAGGAUUCGAGCUUCCACCACCGGAUCUCUACAGUCGUCGCCAACCAAGGUAGCGAAUCCAUUGUUGGAGCAGAUUUUACAGAAAGUGGGCCACCUGCAGGACGAUCGCGAGAUGGUGCGCAAGUUGCAGGAUCUCCUGAGGACUUACCAGACCGGCUCAAACGACGGUGCCGCGAAUAUGGCGCUCACCAAGGCGUGGGUGGACAGUAACGGGACGGCGACUUUGCCGCAGGACAGUCCGGUGACGACGAACCCGAGGAAAGACCCGAAACCGGUGUCCGAGAGAGGAGCUUAUUCGAGGAUACCGGCGCCGGUGUCCUACAAAAGACCGAUGUCCGUGGCGUCCGACAGCGUCUGAAAGUGGCUUCUCCCACCUUUGGUCGAGUCCCGGCAAGAAUCGCAGUGUGUAGGCCGGCAGCCUUCGCGUGUUAGAUUAGGUUUCGGCUUGGUACGUCGAUAGCGUCGACGUACCGGAGGGGAGCCAGGCGUGUGCGCACGAGAGCGAGCAAUCGCGUCUCUCGCAUCGCUUGGACGCUUGAUUCGAUUUGAUGGGUAAGGUCGGACGUCCCGGUCGCGGUGACGACGACGACGGCGACGGUGAAGAGCUGGAGAGUCUAAAUUGGGAGCAGGGCCGAGUUCUCCGGCAAGUGUCUCAUCUCUCACGAGACGCGAGGGUCGUGGAAAGUUCGAACGAUUCGCCCUCCGUCUGCGCUCUUCGGCCGCGCUUUCGACGUACGCCACGAUCUCGCGAGUCCGACCGGACCGGAGGUAACUUAACGGGCCUUAACGGUACGGGGUCAAUCAGUUAGUAGCUCUUAGUAAUCACGUAUCGGGGUGGUGCUUGGAUGGUGCUGAAAAACGAGACGACGUUCAUGGGCGGACGGACCGCCUGCGAGGCGAAGAGCGUGAGAGAAAAGGAGAGUGAGCGCGGUGAGAAAGAGAGAAGGAGCGAGGGAAAGAAGAGGUAAGCAGCGGCGUAGGAAACUUGUCCCGUGGACGAGAUUUUCAAUUAAUUAAUGCGGAAUCGAAGGUGGGCAAUUAGCCGCGGCGAGUCUUGCGUUAAUGGCUUCCCAAUCGAUUUACUUCCAGUCGGUUAAUUGCACCCCACGCGACAGCCCGCCGAUUGGUCCGAGACAGCGACGGACGGGUGCUAGCGCCACGCGCGUCUCGUGCGAUCGACGCGAUCGGAAUUUCGUCCGACGUCAUCCACAGAAAGAAAGAGGGGGAGAGAGACCCGCCGCGAUCGCACGCACCGAUCGGUUUUAUCAUUGCCGAUAGGCGCAACACCUAUCGAUUUAUUUAUUUAUAUAGUUUAUCAGUUGUAUAUAUAUCAAAGACGAUUUAUUUACGCGUUACGACUUCUCGCCAUCAUGAUGAGAAAGGAGGCAUGGAGUGAGAUAGAACGAGAAGGAUGAGGGCGAAUCAGGUAAGAGAGAGAAAGAGAGAGAGAGAGAGACGAUGGAGCAGGAAACGAAAUUAGAAACCGAUAUAUCGAUUGAAGGAGAAAAGGACGUCGAAGGUCGAACACGCGAGAGGAUCCCACUCGGAUCCUCCGUAUAAAGAAUCAAAUCCCCCCCAUCCCCUACUAGCCCUCCCCUCACCUAUAAACCUGAAACAGACUGCAUUAUGUAGAUAGCGACGCGUCGUCGUCGAACAAACGCCAUUCCAAUGUUUAACUGUUUUUUAUACCAAACGCAAGCGUAGCGCCGUUUUGUAUCAAGUGUCUUAGUAACGGAUUAAGACGGAAAGGAGGAGAGAAAGAGAGGGAGAAAGAGAGAGAGAGAGUGGGAUUUAUUUUGCGGAAGAGGGAUAUUUUUUAGUAUCACGGUAGUGGACGACGGUUUCGCACGCGCGUGCGAUAGUAGUAGGGUGCGUUUCCGACAAAUUCGAUUCGAAAUCGACCACACUGCACGGGGUCGGUCAGUCCUUUCUCCGUUCGUUUCCGCCGUAGCUCUUAGGGAGAUCCUCUCCGAUUUUUCGCUAGACUCGCGUUAUACGUCGAGCGAUGUGGGAAAUACGCGAGGAUCGGGGGCGAAUCUUUCUUUCUGUCGACAGGGGUUCGGCCGCCUUGCCUUACUCGAAAUUCGAGCGAUUUCCCGUGUCUCUCACGCGUAUGGCGUCGUCGUGUUUUCUACACGCGCACACGAAUUCACGCAUGCACUCAACACACACGGACAUAUACACAUAUAUGUAUACACGUAUACACGCGCGAGCAAAAGUCGCCUGUAAAUAUAUAUCCGGGUUUUCAGCGCGAAAGCGAAUCUUUUCACACUCGGGCUUAAAUUGUAAUAAUUAAAUUGAUCUCUAGUCUUUCACUCUAUAGACAACGACGUUCACACGGUGUGGUACUACUUGAUUAGUUCGCUUCGAAAGGGUUCGCGACGAAAUGUUCACGAGUGAUGAACACAUACACACACACACACACACACACACACACACGAGAUGUAAACGGGUAAAGGUCGAGGAAAACACGACGGAGUUACCCCACUGCGACUGGAGUUCGGUGCUGCGCGGACAGAGCGUUUUAUAUAUCUUGUGUACAUAUGCUGACGAAUACGUUAUUAGAACGCAUAUCCUCGUUUUUACCGUGUAAAAAUAGACGUUUCCGCUUAAGUUUAAGCUAAGUUGACUUAACCCUUCGGCAAAUGAUUAACACGGGUUAUUUGUUGCGCCUAGUUAAUUCUCGAAAACGAAAAUGUGUAUUUUUCUAUUCGAGAUCCGUCGUUGAUAGUAAUAAUAAUUUUUAGCGUAGUCUGUGCGGAGGAAACACUUCGGUCGCACUUCUCGGCCAAUGUUCCGAGUCGCGCGAAUGAAACCGACGGGGAAACAGUUGCGAAAUGACGCGGCAAAAUUUUUGUCUUUGCCUGGGCUUCAUUUAUUACGUGAGCGUCAUGCGUCACGAAAGUUCUUCUCAUUUUUUUUUUCGCGAAACGAGUGGGAACAGUCGAGUGUCCGUCACUGAAGGGUUAAGUGUCCAGAUAUACUGAAUCACCGAACACCAUUCUCAGCGAGAAUCAAUCGGAAACAGUCGAAUGCUCGAGAUAUUCCCGUCGCAUGAAACUACAUUGAGGGAGAAAAAAUGGUCGAUCUCGCUAAAAUUUCAGUCGUCUUCGGUGCCAACCGAAACUCUUUUUUCAUUCUAACGAAAAAGUAGCGGUAGCAAUAUGCGCAUAAAGUUAUCAUGACACUGUAGCAGCACUUACUACAGAGAUUGUUUUCCCGAUUAUGACUGUUUCGUUGUGCAAUUACAGUCGCAAAUACCAGACACUUUUGUUUCAGUGUACACGUACUGUCGUUGGUUGUCAAUCAUUUGUCAUCGAUCAUUUUUCAUCGAAGCUAUAGCAGGUCCCCUGGCCGAUUUUUUAUCGAUUUCCGAUUUUCAUCAAACAAAAAACGAAGAUACGUAAAAAAAUAUACGAAUGCGUAUAAAUAUAAAUCCGUACGAUAUACACAGAGCGAUGUGGAACGGAACGGCGAAAUCUCGAGCACUCGUGCCCAUCGAUAUUCGAUAUAAUCCGGCACGAUCGUCCGAGCUCCUCAGCUUGACAGGGCGUAGCAACAACAACGGAGCGGAACGAUCUGAGCAGCGAAACACAGGGGAGGCAGAGAGAUCGCCUUUCCCGUGACGUCGCGCGACAAAUUUCAACGUCGGGCGGCUAAUCCUUAGGCCUAAGCUUUCGUAGCCCCCAAACCGAUCGCGGGGGUCGCGUGCAUUAACGUUAACAAACAAUACGACGGUGAUUACCAAUAUUAAUACUAUGAAUGCAAUCAUUGUAACUGUCGCUCUAUUACGAUUAUUAUUAUUAUUACGAUUACGAUUAUUAUUGUCAGGAGAAUAACGAAUAUUAAUUGCUAUGAUUAUUAUACGCAACGUUACCUAUGUUACGUUAUCAUUUUAUCUACGAACAGUUGUAAAUUGACCAAAAAAACUCUAUAAAAAGAUUAAUAAAAAGCCUUAACAGAAGCCAGCGAUUACCG